CGCGGAGGGGGAACGCCUCCGUCUCUAUAUAAGGACUUUUCCGGCCGGCCCGGGCCCUUUUCUCCCUCUGCGCCGGCCGCGGGCUCCUGGCGCUCUGUCCCUCCGCCGCUGCGGGCCUCCGGUUACAGCCGACGCCAUGGGCUUCGGGGACCUCAGAACCGCCGCCGGCCUCCAGGUGCUCAACGACUACCUGGCGGACAAGAGCUACAUCGAGGGGUAUGUGCCAUCACAAGCCGAUGUAGCGGUCUUUGAAGCCGUCUCUGGCCCGCCGCCCGCUGACCUGUUCCAUGCCCUGCGCUGGUAUAAUCACAUCAAGUCUUACGAGAAAGAGAAAGCCAGUCUGCCAGGAGUGAAGAAAUCUUUGGGCAAGUAUGGCCCUGCCAGUGUGGAAGACACCACAGGAAGUGCAGCUGCGGAUGUCAAAGAUGACGACGACAUUGAUCUCUUUGGGUCAGAUGACGAGGAGGAAAGUGAAGAAGCAAAGCGGCUCCGAGAAGAGCGCCUUGCACAGUACGAAUCAAAGAAAGCUAAAAAGCCUGCGGUUGUUGCCAAGUCUUCUAUCUUACUGGAUGUGAAGCCCUGGGACGAUGAGACAGACAUGGCCAAGUUAGAGGAGUGUGUCAGAAGCAUUCAGGCAGACGGCUUGGUGUGGGGCUCUUCCAAAUUGGUUCCAGUGGGAUACGGAAUUAAAAAGCUUCAAAUACAGUGUGUAGUUGAAGACGAUAAGGUUGGAACAGAUAUGCUGGAGGAGCAGAUUACUGCUUUUGAGGACUACGUACAAUCCAUGGAUGUGGCUGCUUUUAACAAAAUCUAAAAUCAUCGUCAAGUCAGUGCACUUGAAUAAAGGCUAGAAAAACCCUGG